CAUACGAAGUGUUACUAGAGAUGGUGUGAAAUCGUCGGCUGUAUCUAUGAGUAUGGAUCAAUCCGAAGAACUAUCUAAUGACAUCAAUUAUAAAGCCACAUACGCCGCCAAUGUCCACCACCGAAACGACACUAUAUUUAACCAGUCUGCAUAUAACGAUACCUGGCCUUCUCAUGAACUUUUUUGCAUAUAUGACUCAUCCUCCGAAGACUUCUUAUCUUCUUCUGUUUUUCAAAUUUGUGUAUAUUUCAUGUAUAGCGCAGUGUUUUUAGUUGCGCUUUUGGGAAAUGGAUUAGUGUGUUUCAUUGUUCACACAUCUCCUCGUAUGAAGACGGUCACGAAUUAUUUUAUAGUGAACCUGGCAGUCGGAGAUAUCCUGAUGACGUUGUUCUGUGUGCCGUUUUCUUUCGUGUCAAUGCUUGUACUGCGGUAUUGGCCCUUUGGUGCGGUUAUGUGCAAAGUUGUCAACUUCUCACAAGCGGUUUCGGUACUAGUCAGCGCAUACACGCUACUCGCCAUAUCCAUUGACAGAUACAUAGUUAUAAUGCGGCCAUUAAAGCCUCGACUUGGGAAAGGUGCAGCUAAAAUGGUCGUCGCUGCUGUUUGGGGAGGAGCCAUUAUAACGGCAGCGCCGAUUCCUAUAGUUUCUCAGCUACAGCGACCUUCGCCUUGGCAUGAGGCUUGUAAAGUUGACAUCUGCAGCGAACAGUGGGCCGAUGGAAAACAAAGCGAGCAUUAUACGUUUGCUUUAUUGACACUGCAAUUUACUUUGCCAUUGACCGCUCUCGUUUACACGUACGGGCGAAUAGCGCAUUUUGUAUGGGGCGGUCGACCACCUGGAGAAGCAGAAAGCGGUCGGGACUCGCGGCUGCAACUCUCCAAAAGGAAAAUGAUCAAAAUGAUGGUCACAGUAGUGGCGGUGUUUGUAGUUUGCUGGUUACCGCUCAAUAUCUUUAUUGUCCUAUGGACAUUGCACGAGGGAGAUGAAGAUUGGGCAGUUUGGCCGGGAAUGCCCUACGUUUGGUUCGCGAGCCAUUGGCUGGCUAUGUCACAUUCCUGCUACAACCCAUUAAUAUACUGCUAUAUGAACGCAAAAUAUCGACAUGGGUUUAAACAGGUAUUGAGUGGACUGUUUUGCUUGAAGCUGAAUGAGUCAAAGCGUUCCUGUCAACGAUCUAGUCUGUGUGAGAGGAUACCUCUCUCGGAAAUCGUUGGUACCACUGGUUCAAUGGAUCGUCGGAGGAUAACAUGCAGGUGUCGACUUCGAAGCGGACCUCAUACGAAUGGUGGCAAAUGUUCGAACUGCAUCUCUGUUCCACAGCUGAAGGUCGAAGGCAUCAGAGCCGCACCACCGACGCGAGUGCUAUCCGUUCGUUCGCGCAUAAUCUAAAAGUAGUUGUGAUUGUUAAGGCGCUGUCUAAUAGCUAUUUUCAUUAAGAUUUGCAUCCGCUAAGCGACAUUAAUUUAAAGUUAAAAAUGGCAUAUCCAAAAAAAUACUGCCCCUGAAUUUAUUUAUUUUUGCUUAGAUUGGUGGACGAGCUCACAGCCCACCUGGCGUUAAGGGGCUACUGGAGCCAAUAGACAUCUACAGCGUAAAUUCGCCACCCACCUUGAGAUGUAAGUUCCAAGGUCUCAAGUGUAGUUGCAACGGCUGCCCCACCCUUCAAACCGAAACGCAUUACUGCUUCACGGCAAAAAUGGGCAGUGUGGUGGUACCUACCCGUGCGGACUCACAAGAGGUCCUACCACCAGUAAUUACGCAAAUUAAAAUUUUGUCGGUUUGAUUUUUAUUACACGAUGUUGUCGGAAGUCAAUCGUGAACAUUUGUUGAGUAUGUAUUUCCUUAGAAAAAUUGGUACCCGCCUGGGAUUCGAACACCGGUGCAUCACUCAACACGAAUGCACCGGACGUUUUAUUCUUUACGCCACGACGACUUCUGUCAAUCUUUGUAGCAUUAAUUGCAACUCUCUUAUCAAUUAAAAAAAACCCUUAAUCUAAUACGCCUAUCAUCAUCGAAUUAUCGAUUUUUCUUUGAAAAUUAUAAGUAGAUCGCAAUUAUUGAACCACAUGUGCUUGUACAGACAGCGCCUAGAGAAAGAUUGAUUUAAGCUGAGUAUGAAUGAAUUGUCUAGUAUAAGAGUUAUUGGAGAAAUAUGGCAUUGGUGGCUCAGGGUAUCAUGCGUGUGUUUCUUGUGAGAGGUCAGGCUCGAAACGCGAUAUAUAUGUAUGUAAUUCUAUGUAUGAAGGCCAGUGCAUUCGACAAGGUUUUACGAUCAUUCCUUCAUCGUUCAAGCUAUUCGUUUGUGGAAUGCACUCCCGGUACGUAUACGACAUGGUGAAACAUUAAAUUCGUUCAAACCCCUUAUUAAGGAGCAAUUUUUAAAUUUACAAAUGAUUCUUUUCCACUUGAUAGUGCGGCGCUCUUAGCGAUAAGACCGCCAAUUGUACUUUUUUUUUGUAUUUAAUGUUUCGCAUUGUUUAUUUUGUUGGUGUUCAAUAAAGCACACUCUCUUUCUUUCUCUCUCUCUCUCUCUCUCUCUCUAAUGUUUGAAUAUGUCUCGUUUCGCGUUAGUAUUCAGUUAUUAUAAAAAAGUAUAUUUGUGUAUAGUGAAUAUGCAUUAUUAUCUCUCAUUGUAAGAAAUAAAAAAGGUGAGUCGAAUUGCAUUUUGAAAAUAUUUUGUUUUUUUUGCAAGAUUUUCAUUUGAAUAGAAUAUCUAUCGUCUUUUAUAAACUUUUGAAUGAAAUUUAAUAACAUUACCUUAGUGUACAUUUUGCACGUUGUUAAGAAGUUUGAGAACGUAUUUAAAAAAAAUAUGUUUUUUUUUCUGUAAAUUCGUUUAAAGUUUUACUAAACAGCAAUGACUAGUUCAGCACUAAGAAGAACAAAAAAAAAUCAGAGUUACAUCAAAAGGUCUUUUUGCAAAAAUGCGGUAUAACUUCGGGAGCUGGUAAUAUUAUUAUUGAAAGUCUUAUAAAACAGAUAAAUGUAAUUUAGGUGAGCAUUAUUAAAACAUGCCCUAGUAAUUUAAGCAGUUCAAAUAUUCUUUUAGAAUUGAAUUAAAAAGUUAUUGUCAUGGUUUUCAAAACGCAUUGAGAGUAAUUUACUACUGCUGUAAUUUAUUUAUAGGCGAGGAUGCGUUAAGACCUUGUUAAAAUCUUGUUAAAAUUCAACGAACGUUCUCUAAUUACCUUAAAUUGUAAUAAAGUAGAAAAUGUAAAUAUCAGCAGUGACUAUUGUAGGUUCGAUGAAUAAUUUAUUCAAACAAAAAUAUAUAUACUUUAGAGUUUAUCGUAAAACCUUAUUGCAUUAUAUUUAUAUAUCUGCAACAGAUUCCGAAUGUAUUAAGUGUAAUCCCAAGAUCUAGAUGGAUUUGAAACUUUUAGUUAUAUUAUAGUUAUAAUUUAUUUCGGAGAGGACUUUCAUUUUAUUAAAUCUAGUUAAUCGUAGGUCAAAAGUGUCAUUUUGGGAAACAUUACCUUGGAUUACGGAAAUUUUAGGACAUGAGGUUAACUAAAAGCAGUUUCGUGGAAUUACCCGCCGCAAGUUAUAAUAUACAUAGUUCCAGUUUUGGGUUGGGGAAUUCAUUUUCAGAAAAUUACCCCUGCGCUAGGAUGACACGCAAAAUCGUGAAGCGUUCCACAUUUUUAACGAGGCUUGUGGAGAGUAUUAAGCGGUAGGCAGCGGCUUGGCUCUGCCCCUGGCAUUGCUGAAGUCCAUGGGCGACGGUAACCACUCACCAUCAGGUGGGCCGUAUGCUCUUCUGCCUACGAGGGCAAUAAAAAUAAAAAAAACUUUCACAUGCAGCUUAAUUUAAUACCAUACAAUAAACGGACAUUCUUUUCUAAGCAUGUCAUCCUUAAAGAAAUUAGAUUAGAACAAUAAUAUAAAACAUAAGUAUAGCUUUUACGUAGGAAAACCAUAUUUUACUUAUUUUCUAUUUACUUGCAUAUUUUUUGUAUUUAUUUGUAUUUAAUCGUAUGUAAGUCUAUCUUAUAUUGUAAUUAUUUUUCACAUGUAUUUAUUUUUAUGUAAGUUUAUUAAGAUAGCACCGUCCAGUUUACUCAUUCCUCUCCCUGCAAGGUUGCCUGGAAGAGAUCGCUUUCAACGAUAAGGUCUUCAGUUUAUGUCACCUAUUAUUUGUUUUAUAUGCUUACUCUGUACAUGUGGUGUUAAAUAAAGAGUUAUAUUAUUAUUAUUAUUAUUUUGCUAUCUUUGAAAACAUUAUAAUGUUACUUUCUGAAAAAAAUCUUAAAUGAUUAUGAUUAUGGUGUUUAUGUUGUCUUACUAUUUCAAUUUCUCUUAUGAACGGAUAGUCUGACGAAUUAUACACAUGAUGAACGAGAAGUAUUUACACAUAGAAUAAAAUCUAUUUUAUUUUCCAUCAAUUUUAAGGCAAUAAUAGUACAUUGUGCCCAUAAUGUAUUGAAUUUAUUUGAUUGAACGACGAUGUACACUUUACCUUUAAAGCGUUGUAUAAGAUCUUAAUUAUUAUGUACAUUAUAAUUUUUUAAUGUGA